AAUGCUGUGUUGUUGUUGUGCAAGAGGAGCAUGUGAAAGCUGUAGAAAGGAACAGAAACGAAAUGUUACUUCAGAAACGGCAGAGGCUGGUGGAAGAAGCUGCAGAAUCAUUGUUGGAUGAGCUUAUAUAUGAAGUUGGAACUGAGCUUAUCAGGGACAUUGUUUACACGCUUGCUAAGGAAAUCAUAUAUGAAGAAAUUUUCUAUUCUAUCCUGGAUGAUGAAAUAGAACUGCUUGUUGAAACAACAAUGGAUAAUGCAAGGAAACAACGCUUGCAGGAAAUCUCGCAUAACAUUGCUAACAGAAAAUUGCUGUACUAUUUAAAUAAAUGGAGAUGUAGAGCACACAAGAUGAGUAAGAGGAGAGAGUUCUUGAGAUCUUUUUCAUUCCAGCCAUCCAAUUUGAAUCUUCAAGAGCAGGCAGAUCUGUUAGAAGUAUAUGGAAUUUCAAAAGAAUAUGAUUUGCAAUCGCAGAGGUUGUUUUCUCAGCAAGCUUCUGUUUUCAAACCAUUCUUGCAAAUCCCUCCACUUCCAAAUAUUGGUGUUUUGGAAGUUGAUAAAAUAGUUGAAGAUGAUCUUACUAAACGUCUAAGAGAAAUGGAACAAGACUUUUCAGAUGUGUUUUGGAAAAUGAUGGUCUCCAUUCCUGAUACUGAAGAAUCUCCUCAUUAUUCAGACUUACUUGUAAAUUGGACAGAUCAGCUGUUCCACAAAAAUUUGUUAUCUGAUGAUGACGUUCAUCUGUUAGAAUCAGAUGUACUAAUGAAAACUGAAGUCAAAACUGCUCUCCAUACAGUACUGGGGAUUUGUGUUCAGAGGAUUACUGGUGUUGCACCCACUCAAGGUUCAGUACCUACUGAAGCAAAUUAUAGAGGAACUAAUGGAAUACUGUUCUUACUUUCAAAUAUUGUGGAAGGCACCGACAAAUCUUGUAGACGUCUUAUCAGGCUAUUGAGAGCUCUGUCACCACAACCCCGUGUACCAGUGGCAAUCAUUGAUCUCCAACAGUUUGACAGCAUGAAAAGCUGUUUAAAUGAGAAAUGGUUGCAUGAUAUUAAAAAUGGACAAGUACUUGCAGAUUUCAAUAUCUUCCAAGGAAAUAUCAGAUCUAAGAACAGCAUUAAAGAAAUGAUGGUGUCAGCACUAAAAUGGCUCGCGAGUAAAAGGCCACGUACACCACCUGUUUACAUAUGCUAUCUGCCACAAUUGUGGGACACCUGUUUUACUGAGAAAUUCUGGUCCAAAAUUGAAUGGUCUCUAGCAGACAAUUCAGUUUUUGUAAUGCAGCAGAAUCCCAAGACUAUUAUUCAUCUAUAUAAUGCAGCAAUUGAUAGACUGCUGUUUGCUUGUCUGGAUGAGGAUCUCUUAGAAUACUCAUUUGGACCACCAGAAUUUGAGGAUCAUUUAGAUGAUCCCUCACAGCACGCAAGUGGAUUCCAAGUGUGCCCAAAGUACUGGGGAUCUCCACACUACUGCAAAUUUUUGUUUGAUUUGAUGCAUAGUCUCCAAUUGUCAGAAGACAUUAGUUGGCCACCUGUAAAUUAUGUUGAUCUCCUUAAGUCUCUUGAGCAGUAUUGUACAGAAAAUCAGCUGCAGUAUGCAGUGUGGGAUAUAAACAGGCUUUUUGAACAUUACCUCAGGGAUGUUAUCAAGGAAGGCCAUGAAGAUUUAGAUUUCAAACAGUUUUUAGCUGAUUUCCCAUGGAUAAAGUUGGUAGAGAUUUUGGCUGAACAUAAACUGAGGAAUACUGAUUACACCGAUCCAUUUGUCAAAGGAUAUAGUAAGAGACCAAUUGUAGUGAUUGUAAGGAAAUCAUUUUUGGAGGUAUUUCUAACAACUCCAUGGUGGUUAUCAGAGGCAGAAUCAUUACAGUCAGGUCAACAGGCACCAAAUGAGCCAGAAAUCAUGAACACUACACCCCAAAAAGAAGCUGAAAUCCUACUUGAAUGCCUAGAAACAAAAGUUGAUGAACCAGUCCAACUGGCAGACAGGUCAUGUCUUGAUAAGCAGGGUAGCCCUGUCAUGCAUGGGAGUAUGAGAUUAAGGAAUGUUUUAAGAGAAGUAUCUUUGUUGGAAAAUAAGGUGGACCACCUGGAGAAGCAACAGAGUUCCAUACUAGCAAAGCUGGAAAAGGAGUUAAUAUCUGGUGCUGUUGAUUUUCCACAUCACUCAGUGUCUUGGAAGUCAGAUGCUGAAAGAAUUACUCCAUCAUUCAAGUCUGAGGAUAGACUAAAAAUGUGCAGAAAUAGUGUUGAUGCAGCUGCCCUGCUGGAUUCUGAGAUGAAGGCACUCUCAUCAAGGCAAGAAAAAGUUUUGGAGGACUUGGCAAGAAGUAUUAAUGAAGCGAGUAUUGACAUUUUAUGUCACACUGUCUCACCAAAAUCUGACUGUGAAGGAAUCACUUCUUCACCCAGGUCAUUCCAGUCACAGAGGAAACUGAAACGUAGCAGGAAUGCUGUUGAUGCAGCUGCAUUGCUAGCCUCAGAAUUAAAGAUACUUUCAUCACGACAGGAAAAAAUAUUGGAGGAUCUAGAAAGAAGUAUUGAAGAAGAGAAUUUUAUACUUGAGCACCAGGGAAAAAAGAAAUUAAAAAUAGAUGAGCUGUAACAGCUUUAAAAGUACAUUGAGUUUGAAUGGAAAAUGGUGUGCAGUGAUGCAAAGGAGUUGUUGUACUUCUCCCCAAGCUUGCAAUUAGUAUACCACAAAGUAGAGAGCAAUGUGUUUUGCAUGUGCUGCAUUAUUCUCACAAAAGGAAGAAACAUUAUUUUUAUAUAUUUCAAUCUGGCCGACAAUUCGUAAUACGAACUGUGAUAUGCAACAGUUCUCUUGUAUGGAUGUUUUUUCCUCCUUAACACAAAAUGGAGAUGAACUGAAAUGUUUUUAGCUUUUGUAAUAAAACAUUCACUUUUAUAAUUA